AUGGGAAAAGAAGAAGGAUAUUGGGAGGCCUGCCAGCAUACAUUGAAGAGCCCGUAUGAACUAAGAGCAAAUGAUGAAGAUGAGGAAGGGGGAGCGGCCCUUAGUGAUUAUGAAGAUGGAAGUGAAGACAAUAGUGAUAGUAGUAGUGACAAAAGCAACAAUGAUAAUGGACAUGGUGAUGAUGAUAGCAGCACCAAUGGUGAUGACAACAGUAACGGAAGUUAUGAUAGACCAUGCAACGGAGAUGAUUGGGGUGAACCCCCUAAUGAUAGAGAAGAUGAAGACGCAGACCUAUUCUAUGAGGAAUAUGACAGUGAUAUGGACUACUAUGAUCAAGAUAUUAAAGAUGAUACUGAAACUAACAGGUGGAGCGAUACUAAUAGUAAUCAAUAUAGGUUGUUAAAUGUGUUAGAGUAUGGAAGAGAGGAAAAUGCACAAGCCAACCAGAUGCAUCAUAAAGAAUAUCCCUAUGGGCAUCUUUCAGAUUGGAGUGAUAUCACCAAUGUCAGCUCAAGGUUUGGCCCUAGGUAUGACAACCAUGGAAGAGAGGUUCUAGAAUUGGGGUCGUAUUAUGAGUCAGAACCAAGUACACUAACCUUACAUACUGUAGAGGAUGGUGACAUAGAUGCCAGUUUGGCUGCCCUAAACCAAAAACUAAUGGUCCACUGUCUCAGAAUCAUGACACUUGAGAAUGCUGAAUAUAAUGAGUAG